AUGAAUAUUUUUGAUGAAAUUGAUGAUAUUGCAUUAAUGAAAUCCAAAGUCUGUAAUGACGAACAGAUCAAACGAAUCAAGUUCACCGUAAAAAUCAUAGCUUUAUUGCGUUAUACAUUGAAACAUCCGGAACAUAUCAAAACAAUAGGAAUUGGAUGGUUCCCUGAUGGAAAAACUAUAGUAUCAAAUGCUAAAAUUCUCGGAAACUUCCUUGGAUUACGUUCAAAUUCGAUUAAUACUAAUUUUCGAGCACAUAAUUUUCAAAUUGUUCCAGUUGUUCGAUCUGAGAUAAUAACUGCAUUUGGAUCUUUACCAGAUCUUGCUAACUGGAACAAAAGACGUCAAGUCGCUUUCCCAUUCUCCAUUUCUACUACAAUUGAAGAUGCAGAAAAAAUUAAACCGAUUGGACUACCUAAUUCCGGGCUAUUACUUGUCCCACACGAGCCUAAUACCAAAUCCGCAGACAAUGUACCAGCUCCUACGCCAAAAGCUCCUCUUUCUUUCAUUCCUCAAAUCACAUCUGCUUUUUUAGCCACAGAUACCGACCAACUGCUUGCCACCGCGAAGAUCAUGAGGGAUAUGAAGCUAACAGAAGAAGAACGCCACACUUUCUUGAACAGAACAACGAAAGAUUGGAUUGCCCAUUUCGGAAAUGUCACAAAAGUGAAUCAUACAGAACUAGUCGAGUCAUUUAUUACACAGGAAUGCAAAGCCUCUGAUAACUACUGUCAGAUCUUUGCAAAUAUCGACUAUUUCUUUACAUAUCGACCAGAUAACAGUCAAAUGAUGAACGAUAUCGGAUUUGAUGAAUACCUCGGAUUCAUUGCGAGAUACGGACCACAUAUUGAUGUUUGCGAUAACAUUUUAGCCCUUACAGACGUAAAUUCUCCAAAUUUGUUCAUAAAUUUCGGAUCAUACAACACAGAUGUCCGGCCAUCCUUUGUUCCAUGGUUUUGUCCCUUCAUUGACAGUCGUACUGUUGAAUCAUGUCUGAAAUCUCGAUUAAAUGAGUCAUGGGUUGUCAGACAAUCGAAAAACAGCGAUUCAUUCACUUUACACGCGAAAGUUUUCUUGAAUGGCUGUUAUUCGAUCACUUCAACACACAUUUGGUACAGAGCUGUUUCAGACACAAAGGAGAGAUUGAGUGUCAUGAUGGAUGAUGGUCAGAAGUUGAUGAGAUUCGCUCAAUCAUGGGAUGAGUUGUUGUACAACGUAAUGGGAUUGAAAAAAGAAAAUAUAAUGCAGCUGCAGAUGAACACUGAUAGAAUUGAAGGAAGAGAAGUUGGCGCUGAAACUAUUGCUUUGAGAACAAAUCAUGAUGACUUCAACAUGGUCAUGCCUUUGUCUCCUAUUGCUUUAGAUUUGUAA